AUGACGAGUGCACUGAGUCCGAGUACAUCCAAAACUACAUGUAACGCAUGUGCUAAAUCUUCGGAUACUGGAAAGGAGAUUCAACCGUUUGGAGUUUUGGUUGGAAAGAAACUUCAGAAAAGGGUCAACUCCCCGUUGACAGCGUUUGCUAGUUACUGGAAAACCGAAUCCACUCCAUCAAAUAACAAUGAACACGAAAUACCUGUAGAUGUCCUCCGAAAAAUCAGUGUGUCCCGUAAGGAAUCAGGAACCCACGUGGAUACAGUAGUCACUACAAUCGACGGACAACGAUACGACACAAAAGAACUUGACAACGACCCGGACUUUAGUGAGACUGCAGAAUGGGCGUUCCCGAUUUUCCAGAUUUCGAGGAAGUAUCCAAAGACUAUUUUGAGCAGGUUAACGUACAACAUCUUCCAACAAUCAGAAUUAUUCCGGAUUUUCAAAGUGUCACCAAUCAAGUUUUUCAACUUUUUCCAUGCUCUUGAGAAGGGAUAUUGGGAGAUUCCAUAUCACAACCGAAUCCAUGCAGCCGAUGUCCUCCAUGGCUGUUACUAUCUCUCAGUUCAUCCAGUCCGACCGCAAUUCGGUGUCGUCAAAUCUCCAGAUUCCCUACUCCCGGCACCACUACCAGUGGCUGCAUCAGUCAUGUCUCAAAUGAGUACUUUGGAGUUGAUGGCUCUAUUCACAGCAGCCGCAAUGCAUGAUUAUGAUCAUCCAGGAAGAACUAAUGCGUUUUUGGUUACUGUAGAAGACAAGAAGGCUAUUUUAUACAAUGAUAGAAGUGUGCUGGAGAACCAUCAUGCAGCUGAAUCAUGGAAAUUAUUGUGUCGGCCCGAGAAUCAUUUUAUUGAAAAUUUGGAUCCUGCUGAGAUGAAACGAUUCCGAUACCUUGUCCUGGAAUAUAUCUUGGCUACCGAUCUGAAACAACAUUUUGAAAUCAUAAUGACAUUCAAUGAUCGACUAUCCGAUAUGGAUCUUCAAGUGGAAUCUGAUAGACUACUCGUCGGAAAACUUCUGAUCAAAAUGGCUGAUAUCAACAGUCCAACAAAACCAUACGGAUUGCAUCGACAGUGGACUGAUCGAAUCUGUGAAGAGUUCUAUGAGCAAGGAGACGAUGAGAAGAAGAGAGGAUUAGCAAUUACUCCGUAUAUGGAUAGAGGAGAUGCACAAGUGGCGAAGUUACAAGACUCGUUCAUUGCUCAUGUUGUUAGUCCGUUGGCUCAGGCAAUGCAUGAGAGUGGUCUUCUUCCAAUUCUUCCUGGACUUGAAACCUCUGAACUAAUGAUAAAUAUGCAACAUAAUCAUCGAAAAUGGAAAGAAGAAAUUGAAAUUGAAACGGCUAGUUAUGAGCCGACAACGUGUAAUGGUGGAAAUGUAAACGGAGUGAUAGAAGAAGAGAGUGCGAGUACGAGUGAUAGUCCGGAUCCACAGCGAGAUUCUCCGUCCCUUGAUUCGGAACUUAGUCAGGUUUGUUGA